AUGAAGCGGAAUCGCAUCCAUUUUGAGGCCAAUGGCGAUGCUUCGCCUCCCUCGCCGGGAGGGGGCUUCACGCCGGAGGACCAGCGACAGGCGCAUGUCCCGAAGAUCUCCCGCAGGAUACGCGCAUGCACGGAAUGCAAAAAGCACAAGGUUCGUUGUGACAUGAAGGCAGGUGAGUCGACAUGCUCGCGGUGUCGGCGCAUGGGCCUGGAGUGCGUUGUCAACAAGAGCCUCCAAACGUUGUUGGAGGAUGAGGCCGAUUGGAAGACCAUGAUCGAGCUGGCAAUGACCGACCUGCUUAGGAAGUCACAGCUCCCAGAAUUAUCAUACUAUCAGGCCGGCGGCGGAGCGAUUGAGACGCCUUCGAAGAAGCGGGGGCGCAAAGACUCGACGGUAUCGGUGGAUGAAUCUGGCCAUACCUUCGGACAUCACAGCAAGAACAACUCGGCGGAUACUACGUCAGGAAGGUUUACCGGGUCUAGCUCGUCUAGCUAUGCCUUUUCUCAACAACAGCCGCAGUAUAAGAUCGAUCGUGAGGAGACAAGUGCGACUUCGCUCGUGACGGCUCCUAUGGGAAGUUUGUACGAGGUGACGCAGCUCAGCGAAAACCGUGAAAAUUCGCCGAGCGAGGAUUAUGCGCCGGACCAGGCAUUGGUGACCGAUUUUAUUUCGCGCGGCGUGGUUGAUCUCCAGGAGGCCGAAGAACUGUUCCAUCACUUCGAUCAGGUGCUCAACAGGUACCUCUGGGAUGGGGCAUUGCUAGCACAUAAGGACUUGACUUCCGCCCGGAGAUCAUCGUCUAUGUUGUCCGCUGCUAUUCUUGCCGUGACGGCACUUCAUAUGCCUAGCAAGGAGCGAACAUUCGAUACUUGCUACACAGAGUUUGCAAAGCUGGCCUCUGAAUCGAUGCUUGGACAUCACCAUACUAUGGACGACAUUCGGGCACUAUGUAUUGGGGCCUUCUGGCUUGCCGAUGUGAGCUGGAAGCUCUCUGGCUACGCUGUUCGCAUUGCGACUGAGCGAAAUGUCCACCAAUUCUUCCGGAAAGCUGUACAGGGCUCUCCUGAGCACAAGGAACAAGCCAGAUUAUGGUACCUUCUAUAUAUUGCUAACUGCAUCAAGACCCUUGAACACCACUUCUCGAUCGCUUACGGUCGACCUCCCAUCAUCCACGAAGACCCAGCCAUCACACAACACAAUACGUUUACGCAAUCACCCACGAUAUCCCAAGGCGACCUAAGGCUGCACAGCCAGGUUGAUCUGUUCAUAGUCCUGACCCGUAUAUACUUCGCAUUCGGUCCUGACGUGGACCUCGAGGUUCCUGAGAGCGAAUUCCCAAAAAUCGACCAGUAUGAUCAAGAACUGGGAGAUUGGAAAUCAGCCUGGUUACCGCGUCUUGCUGGGAGUCGACAUGUCGGUGCAUACCCUUACAAAGCCGUCUACAUGCACUAUAACUUUUCCCGACUGCAGUUGAACUCGGUCGCCCUUCGAACAUAUCAUUCUUCUACCACUUCCAAAGCCAUGUCGCCCGAGCGCAGGAAACGUGCCAACAUUGCCAUUGAAUCAGCGAUCGCCACCCUCCAGGUGGUUCUAGAUGAGAAAGACAUCCAGCGCGCUCUGGUCGGCGUGCCGCUGUACCUCCACAGCAUGAUUACAUUUGCGGCGGUAUUCCUUUUGAAAAUCGCGGUCAAGUCAUGCUCCAACCAAUGCGGUCAAGGCCAAAGCACUUCUAUCUCCUCAGCAGGUCUUGUCAUUGACAUUCCCUACGUGCGCAAUCUAGUGGGGCGCAUUGUCGAUGUGAUGGUGUCUUGUAGUCAGCGAGCCAGCGAGCGUCAUCUGAGCCACCACAUUGCUCGCGGUCUGCGAAAGAUGCUCACUGGACUGGAAGAGUGGGAGAAGCGGAAUGGCACCCAGCAGUCAGGCGGGCCCACGCCCCAGUCGGAGACAUCCUCGCUGUUCAAGCCGGUCAUCAUCCCUGGCGCUCAAAUUCUGGGUGAGCGAGAUACGAUCUUGAACCAUCCCCCUCCGCUCCUGGGCGUGGCACCACUAUCUGCGGAGCGUAGCAAUGGGUUCGAUCCGGGUCUUGGGCUGGCUAAGCACGAGCCGGGCCUUUCAGAAGGCUCGAUGGAUCCUAUGAUGGCGGAUCUGUGGGGAUUUGACGAAGAGUACUUCCCCACGGGCGUGUUUGAUUUCUUGCAGAGUCAGAUGCCGGCGUGA